CAGUUUAAGUCAGCCCGUCGGUGUCGAAGCACGUGUACCCGCAAAUGAUCCACUUCUCGAUUGUGGUGUGAUGACGCGCAAACCGACGGGAUCAGCAGAAGUUCCUAUUAGCUACUCCACGCAAACGAUGCCGAUUUGUGAAAGGUCACGCGUACGGCUCCAGAAGUAGACUUCCCAGAGAAAAGAAAAAAGUUGAAGCUGGUCCUACAAUGCGUGUGAAAGUUGCCAUCAUUAACCAACAUCUCUAAGUGAAGUUAUGUGUAGCAGAAAAAAGGGCUUUCUUUAUGCCUCAUCUCGGCUCAAGAGUGCAAAACUUUUUUUUUUUCGAAGAAGAGUUUGCUGUCGCUAACUCAUUAACGUGGAUGUUAUAGGUUUUGCGGUUAAAAGUUUGGUGUGUGUUUUUUACCCCCUUGUUGAUAUUUAAUACCCGUUGAAAAGCCCAUGCUCAUGUGGUGAAUGGCUUUAGUUCAGGAAGUUGACUUCCAGAGCUUAGCUGAUUAAGACUUGUUCCCUGAACGAAGAGUCAAUUGGCAGUGAUUAUAUUUAGAAUGUCAAGACGACCCAUAUUAAUUACAUCAGGAAUGGAAGUUGUGCUGAUGUGACAAUGUUCUUUAAUCAGUUGACCGUGAAUUUAUGAUUGGUUGUGGCGCAGAUUGGUGUUAUUCGGGCUUGGAAAGCGAAGGGAAGAAAGAAAUGAAAAAAUGGCCUAAUUUGAUUGUUUGGUGUUCCGAAAGUUCCCUCCAGUCGCAUGCAGCGAGCGAAACUUGGCGAAAAAAGUGAAGACCCACUACGGUCAAUAUAAACCCGUUACGUAAAGUUGGCUCGCAUUCUUCUCCGUCAAGUCGUUUAUUUCUUCCAUUUCAAUUUCAUUCGAAUGGUUCCUACAAGUUCCACGAAACAAAACCGAAACAUUGCUGGCAGGCGAACAUGCCGAGAACCGAGAAACAGCAAUAAAAACAAGCGUUAGGCAAGUUACACUAUAAAACCACGCUCUAGCCACAAAGCCUUCCUAGCGCAAAAUCUGAAAACGAAAACAAUCCAACCGUAUACCAUCAAUCGUCUUACGCUAUUGGAUGAAUGGAUCGUCAUAGAAGCCAGCCAGUGAAGAAUUUUGGUAUGUGAUGAAACCCAACGCCAGCCACGAUGGUUUGUUGCAAACAAUUUCAAUCGACCUUACUGUCGUAAUGUUUGCUUGGAUUGGUUGCUAAUAAUCUUUGGUCCACAUCUAGUCAUCUGAAACGAUAAUUCAGGAUUUGUAAAACCUGGAGUCGGCUUCCGGAAACCCUUCCAAAAUGGGAGUUGGCGAAGAUGAACUCCCAAGCUUGGAGUACAUUGAAGAUCCAUACAUUCCCAAGCUGGACAACUGCAUUACUCCAUCGCUUGACGACAUCAACGAUUUCAAUCCAGAGGAUGAUGAUUUGGGCGACGAACAAACGUGGCCAGAUGAAACCGAGCUCUAUCUGCGAUCGCUUACACUGGACCAGAUUCUCGGCGUGUCGUCCGAUGAGGAGAUAACCGAUCCAGAAGUGGAACUGCAAACAGUAGAAACGGAAUUCAGUCCACCUCUGCCACAACCGGACCAGCUAGAUCCGAAAAUGUCUCCUAAUCGGACCGGCGUCGGAGUCGUUCGGAGCCUUUUCGCCGGCAAACUUCUCAACCGUGGCAGUGGCGCACGUUCGGGUCCUUUCAAACUCUUCAACAAGAAGCAUAUGCGAGACGUUCGGGUAACGUUCAUCGAUUUUUCGAAACCUUACCUGGCCCGGAUUUCGAGCGGAGACAACUAUAAGAGCUUUCUGAACAUCGGGAGUGCAGGUAUUGAUAAAAAACUGAUAAAAAUAAAAACAACAAAAAACUUCAAGCCUCUAGAACCCAAUUUUUUUGUUGAAAAAAAUACACAGAAAUAG